UGUCUUGCUUUGUGAAUUUCUAAAAAGACCUUUGAGAUUGAUCAUUGUUCAAUAUCUUCACCUUUUAUUCUAGGACGCCAAAUAACCCAGAAAUAUAUCCAAAUAUGUUUUGCUUUUGUAUUUUUAUAUUUCUUACGCAGAUAUUGGUUUCCACUUUAAAAGUUUUCCCCAUAGAGAGAUGCCCUGAAGAUCAAACUGAAGUGGAAGAAGCCUCAGAGAGACUUAAUUGUUCCUUUGGUUAUGACAAGUUUACGAAUGAGUAUCACUGUGUACCCUUCUCAAAUCUUACACAACUUGUCGAGUUUUGUUAUCCGAAAACAAGUGGAUUGAUAGGAAAAGGUAUCUGUAUGAUCCUUGAAGGAGAUACAUUGGAUGCUCGGAAGUGUAACCUUUUUACGAAUGGCUGUCCUGACACACAUUAUACUUCUGAGAAAAUGUACAAAUUUCCUUCUUGUUCACGCAUCAACAGAGAAUCCAAGUGUUACCUGGCUUUACCGUCUUGUCCUCCUGGUCAUAAUAGACAAGUUUCAUCUAAUAGCAGUGACGUUCAUAUGGCAACAACUAUGGAACCGAUCAUCAUGGAUACGAACAUAGAACCGUGGGUUAUAGUUUUAGCAAUAAUCAUUCCAGUCGCAGCUCUUCUGUGUUUAACAGCAUUAGUUUAUUGUAAGAUCAAAUCAGCACGGAAAAGAACCAGGGAGAAUGAAGAUAAAGUAAAAGCUACAGAAAUGAAGAGCCUUAUAACACACGAAAAUAGCCAAGGAAUUAGUGAGAAUUGCCAAAAUAUGGAAGAGAAAGGUCCUUUGAAGAAGUUUUACAGCAAAGGAGGUUCUACCGUUCCGUUUGCCAAACUCAGUGACGAUCUGGCAAAAAAUUUCCCAAAACAUAAACUUAAGAGACUGAAACAUUUUAUCAUUGGGUUGGAGGCAGUUAAUGCAGAAUCAAUAGAGAAGGUGAAAUCUGCCAGGGAUCUGUUCAUGCUUCUUCAAAAGGAAAAACUCUUCACAAGGACAGACGUGAUUUUUAUGCAGUCUGUUUUCAUACCGACUGGAUGUGAAGAAUUGAAUGAGAAAUGCAUUGAAUAUGCUACAAAAAAUGAGGCGUUAUGUUUCUAUAAAAAACGUCCAGACAAUGGAUAUAAGCCUGUCAAGUUCCAUGUGGAUGAGGACAUUGAGAAAUACUCAAAAGAGGAUGUCCGGAAGAUCAGGGAAACUGUUGCUGCUGUACUGGGAUGCAAAUGUGAUGAUGUUCUGUUAGGCGGAAUUGAUCACAGUCCAAGCUUUUUUGUUGUUUUAGCCAUCAAGGAAACAUUCGUUAGCAAUAUUUCCCAAAUGGAUCAGCACCAUAAAAAAGCACUUUGCAAUUUAAAAGUAGACUUCUAUAUAUUGGACGGCAAAACCUACAAAACUGAUAGUCGUCCUAAAGAUGACACUAACCUAAAAAGAACCCCAGAAAACAUUCAAGCUGGUCAUCUGAUUUGCCUUUCCAAAGAAACAACUAUUGUCGUGCAAGAACGGGUCUUAAAAGUAGAAGAAGAAAUACUUGAGUUAAGGUCUGAUGUACAAGAACAAGUCACUGAUGUACAAGAACAAGUCACUGAUGUAAAAGAACAAGAUUCUGAUGUACAAGAACAAGUCUCUGAUGUACAAGAACAACUCUCUGAUGUACAAGAACAACUCUCUGAUGUACAAGAACAAGUCACUGAUGUAAAAGAACAAGUCUCUGAUGUACAAGAACAAGUCACUGAUGUACAAGAACAAGUCACUGAUGUACAAGAACAAGUCACCGAUGUACAAGAACAAGUCACUGAUGUACAAGAACAAGCCACCGAUGUACAAGAACAAGUUACUGAUGUACAAGAACAAGUAUCUGAUGUACAAGAAGAAGUAUCUGAUGUACAAGAACAAGUUACUGAUCUACAAGAACAAGUUACCGAUGUACAAAAACAAGUUACUGAUGUAGAAGAACAAGUUACUGAUGUACAAGAACAAGUAUCUGAUGAACAAGAACAGGUCACCGAUGUACAAGAACAAGUACCUGAUGUAGAAGAACAAGUUACUGAUGUUCAAGAACAAGUUACUGAUGUACAAGAACAAGUACCUGGUGUACAAGAACAAAUCUCUGGUGUAGAAGAACAAGUCUCUCCUGUAGAAGAAGAAGACACUGAUGUAAAAGAAGAAGUUACUGAUCUACAAGAACAAGUAUCUGGUGUACAAGAACAAGUUACUGAUGUAAAAGAACAAGUCUCUGGUGUACAAAAACAAGUUACUGAUGUAAAAGAACAAUUCUCUGAUGUACAAGAACAAGUUACUGAUGUAGAAGAACAAGUCACUGAUGUACCAGAACAAGUCACUGAUGUACAAGAACAAGUCACAGAUGUACAAGAGCAAGUUACUGAUGUACAAGAACAAGUUACUGAUGUACAAGAACAAGUAUCUGAUGUACAAGAACAAGUCACUCAUGUACAAGAACAAGUCACAGAUGUACAAGAGCAAGUUACUGAUGUACAAGAACAAGUUACCGAUGUACAAGAACAAGUAUCUGGUGUAGAAGAACAAAUCUAUGGUGUACAAGAACAAGUCACUGAUGUACAAGAACAAGUUACUGAUGUACAAGAACAAGUUACUGAUGUACAAGAACAAGCAUCUGGUGUACAAGAACAAGUCACUGAUGUACAAGAACAAGUCUCUGAUGUACAAGAACAAGUCUCUGAUGUACAAGAACAAGUCACUGAUGUACAAGAACAAGUUACUGAUGUAGAAGAACAAGUAACUGAUGUACAAGAACAAGUCACUGAUGUACAAGAACAAGUCAUUGAAUCACAAGAACAACUCACUGACGUACAAGAACAAGUCUCUGAUGUACCAGAACAAAUCACUGAUGUACAAGAACAAGUCACUGAUGUAGAAGAACAAGUAUCUGAUGUACAAGAACAAGUAUCUGAUGUACAAGAACAAGUCUCUGAUCUACAAGAACAAGCCACUAAUGUAGAAGAACAAGUUACUGAUGUACAAGAACAAGUCUCUGAUGUACAAGAACAAGUCUCUGAUGUACAAGAACAAGUUACUGAUGUACAAGAACAAGUCACUGAUGUACAAGAACAAAUCACUGAUGUACAGGAACAAGUCUCUGAUGUACAAGAACAAGUCUCUGAUGUACAAGAACAAGUUACUGAUGUAGAAGAACAAGUCACUGAUGUACAAGAACAAGUCACUGAUGUACAAGAACAAGUCACCGAUGUACAAAAACAAGUCACUGAUGUACAAGAACAAGCCACCGAUGUACAAGAACAAGUUACUGAUGUAGAAGAACAAGUUACUGAUGUACAAGAACAAGUAUCUGAUGUACAAGAACAAGUCACUGAUGUACAAGAACAAGUACUUGAUGUAGAAGAACAAGUUACUGAUGUUCAAGAACAAGUUACUGAUGUACAAGAACAAGUAUCUGAUGUACAAGAACAAAUCUCUGGUGUAGAAGAACAAGUUUCUGAUGUAGAAGAAGAAGUCACUGAUGUAAAAGAAGAAGUUACUGAUCUACAAGUAUCUGGUGUACAAGAACAAGUUACUGAUGUAAAAGAACAAGUCUCUGGUGUACAAGAACAAGUUACUGAUGUAAAAGAACAAGUCUCUGAUGUACAAGAACAAGUUACUGAUGUAGAAGAACAAGUCACUGAUGUACCAGAACAAGUCACUGAUGUACAAGAACAAGUCUCUGAUGUACAAGAACAAGUCACUCAUGUACAAGAACAAGUCUCUGAUGUACAAGAACAAAUCACUGAUGUACAAGAACAAGUCACUGGUGUACAAGAACAAUUAUCUGGUGUACAAGAACAAGUCUCUGAUGUACAAGAACAAGUCACUGAUGUACAAGAACAAUUCACUGAUGUACAAGAACAAGUUACUGAUCUACAAGAACAAGUUUCUGAUGUACAAGAAGAAGUUACUGAUGUACAAGAACAAGUUAUUGAUGUACAAGAACAAGUCACUGAUGUAGAAGAACAAGUAUCUGAUUUACAAGAACAAGUCACUGAUGUAGAAGAACAAGUAUCUGAUGUACAAGAACAAGUUACUGAUGUACAAAAACAAGUCACUGAUGUACAAGAACAAGUAUCUCAUGUACAAGAACAAGUUACUGAUGUACAAGAACAAGUUACUGAUCUACAAGAACAAGUUUCUGAUGUACAAGAAGAAGUUACUGAUGUACAAGAACAAGUUACUGAUGUACAAGAACAAGUCACUGAUGUAGAAGAACAAGUAUCUGAUUUACAAGAACAAGUCACUGAUGUAGAAGAACAAGUAUCUGAUGUACAAGAACAAGUUACUGAUGUACAAAAACAAGUCACUGAUGUACAAGAACAAGUAUCUCAUGUACAAGAACAAGUUACUGAUGUACAAGAACAAGUUACUGAUGUACAAGAACAAGUUUCUGAUGUAGAAGAAGAAGUCACUGAUGUAAAAGAAAAAGUUACUGAUCUACAAGUAUCUGGUGUACAAGAACAAGUUACUGAUGUAAAAGAACAAGUCGCUGGUGUACAAGAACAAGUUACUGAUGUAAAAGAACAAGUCUCUGAUGUACAAGAGCAAGUUACUGAUGUAGAAGAACAAGUCACUGAUGUACCAGAACAAGUCACUGAUGUACAAGAACAAGUCACAGAUGUACAAGAGCAAGUUACUGAUGUACAAGAACAAGUUACUGAUGUACAAGAACAGGUCACUGAUGUACAAGAACAAGUAUCUGAUGUACAAGAACAAGUUACCGAUGUACAAGAACAAGUAUCUGCUGUAGAAGAACAAAUCUAUGGUGUACAAGAACAAGUCUCUGAUGUACAAGAACAAGUUACUGAUGUACAAGAACAAGUUACUGAUGUACAAGAACAAGCAUCUGGUGUACAAGAACAAGUCACUCAUGUACAAGAACAAGUCUCUGAUGUACAAGAACAAGUCACUGAUGUACAAGAACAAGUCUCUGAUGUACAAGAACAAGCCACUGAUGUAGAAGAACAAGUUACUGAUGUACAAGAACAAGUUACUGAUGUACAAGAACAAGUCUCUGAUGUACAAGAACAAGUCUCUGAUGUACAAGAACAAGUUACUGAUGUACAAGAACAAUUUACUGAUGUAGAAGAACAAGUCACUGAUGUACAAGAACAAGUAUCUAAUGUACAAGAACAAGUCUCUGAUGUACAAGAACAAACCACUGAUGUACAAGAACAAGUAUCUGAUGUACAAGAACAAGUUACAGAUGUACAAAAACAAGUAACUGAUGUACAAGAACAAGUCACUGAUGUAAAAGAACAAGUAUCUGAUGUACAAGAACAAGUUACUGAUGUACAAGAACAAGCCACUGAUGUACAAGAACAAGUUACUGAUAUACAAGAAGAAGUUACUGAUGUACAAGAAAAAGUAUCUGAUGUACAAGAACAAGUCUCUGAUGUACAAGAACAAGUCUCUGAUGUACAAGAACAAGCCACUGAUGUAGAAGAACAAGUUUUUGAUGUACAAGAACAAGUCACUGAUGUAAAAGAACAAGUUUUGGAUGUAGAAGAACAAGUAUCUGAUGUAGAAGAACAAGUAUCUGAUGAGUUAGGAAAUAAGGAUAUAGUGGUCGAGCUGGUACAGGCAGGGGCUGAAGUCAAUUUACAAAGCAAAAAUGGGAUUACACCACUGAUAACUACAUGUAAGAGAGGAAACAUUAGUAUAUUGGAACAGCUAGUGAACGCAGGUGCUGAUGUCAAUCUACGGGAUAGAUGGGGGAAUACACCACUGGAAACUGCUUUAAGAACUUACUCUUUAGCAAUGAUAAGAUAUUUAGUGGAACAUGGAGCUGACUUGGUUACUCAGGUAGAUAUCUGUAUGUCACCAAUAUAUAGAGCAUUAAUACUGCACAGAGUAGACGUUAUGAAAUAUUGUAUACAGGAACAAAACAAAAUCAUUUCUGGCCAAUUUAGUGGGAAUGUACACCUAUUUAACUCUCUGGUGGACAUCAGACAUGCUGGAGUUAAAACAGACAGUAAGGACGAUGUGGUGAUGACAGACAAAUCGAUGUGGCGUAUUGAUAGAAAGAGAGAAUUGUUGAAUAUAAUGAGGGAAGGAAACUGUGAUUUACUAAGUCAUCUGGUGUUUAUGGGUCUUGAUGUUAAUCAACAGAUCUAUGAGUCUGCUAAGUCUUAUCCGAAACCUCUGUUGCAUUCACUGAUAAAUGAAUUGUAUGUUAGUGAUAGAAUAAAGAAAGUGAGGAUUCUGCUGGAGGCAGGGGCAGAUGUCAAUGUCCUGGUGAAAUAUAGAGAGUAUACAUUUGUGAAUAGAAAUGAUGUGGUACAUGUUGCGAUAGACCCGAAAGUUAUGUCUGCUCUAGAGAGGACGAGACAAUUGGUGUGCAUUCACAGUGAUGAUAAAUUUUGUUGGAACUUAGAAAGAGCGACAGAGUACAAGAGAGUCAUGUGUGAGAUAAAGAAACAUGUCAGAAGACAUUCUGUAUAGUCCCUGAUAGAAUUGUAGAGAGAUGUUAUUACUGAAUACAAGCAUUAAAGCACAUUUCAGAAGACACUCUGUAUAGUCCCUGAUAGAAUUGUAGAGAUAUGUUGUUAAUGAGAACAAGAAAGUGAUGUGUGAGAUAACGAAACAUGUCAGAAGACACUUUGUAUAGACCUGAUAGAUUUGUAGAGAGAUGUUGUUACUUAGUACAGGAGAGUGAUGUGUGAGAUAAAGAAAUAUGUUAGAAGACAUUCUGUAUAGUUCCUGAUAGAACUGUAGAAAGAAAUUGUUACUGAGUACAAGAGAUAAAGAAACAUGUCAGAAGACACUCUGUAUAGUCCCUGAUAGAAUUGUAGAGCGAAGUUGUUACUGAGUACAAGAGAUAAAGAAAGAAACAUGUCUGUCAGAAAACACUCUGUAUAGUCCCUGAUAGAAUUGUAGAGAGAUGUUGUUACUGAGUACAAGAAAGUGAUGUGUGAGAUAAAAAAAACAUGACAACACAACGGAAACAGAUUACUACGUCUUAUCCAAAACCUUUAUUGUAUUCAAUGUGGGAUGUUAGUGAUAGACUAGAGAAAGUGAUGAUUUUACUGAAGGCUGGGGCAGAUGUCAAUGGUCUGGUGAGGUAUAGAAAGUAUGAUUUUCUGUUAGACAUGAUGAAGUAUAGAUGUAGGAUGGACAUAUGUCAGUGUUCUGAUGAUAUAUAGAGAGUAUGACUCUGUGUCAAACAGGGAAGGUGUGUCUGCUCUAGAAAGAAUGAGGCGAGUGAUGUGUGAGUACAAUGAUAGUGAAGAUUUGUUUGACAGGAAGUACAAGAAAGUGCUUGAUAAAGAAACAUGUCAGAAGACAAUCUGUAUAGUGUUUGAUAGGUGUAUAUAAUAUAAUAUAUACGGAUUAAUGAUAUACUGGUACUUUGUCAGUAGAUUUACUGACUAUACAACCUGAUAAUUUACUAGAUUUAUCUUUGUACAUAACACUUCUCAAUGAAUUAUCCCAGACAUCGCUAUACAUGUAUGUGUUGUGUAGAUUAUUGAUAUAAUUGCAGUGUACAGUAUUGAUGAAAUUGUAGUGUAAACUAUUGUAGUGUAAAUCAUUGAUAAAAUUGUAGUGUAAAUUAUUGAUAGAAUUGUAGUGUAAAUCAUUGAUAGAAGUGUAGUGUAAAUCAUUGAUAUAAUUGUAGAGUAAAUCAUUGCAGUGUAAAUUAUUGAUAGAAUUAUGGGGUAAAUCAUUGAUAGAAUUAUAGUGUAAAUUAUUGAUAGAAUUGUAGUGUAAAUCAUUGAUAGAAUUACAGUGUAAAUUAUUGAUAGAAUUAUAGUGCAAAGCAUUGAUUUAACCAUCCCUAUAACAAUUGGCAAGCAUGCGUUAUUCAUGCAAUAGCAAUAUUUCAAAUUUCUUCAUAUCUAUCCUUCAAAUUCUUGUAAAAUUUGGCAUGAAGCAUUUUCGGGAUAUGGGGAACAUAAAUUGUAUAUUUCAGGAAUCCUGCUUUCUUUGAGCCUUAGGUUCGGAACAAAAAUUGCCAAAACAUUUUCGAUUUUUAAGAAAUAUUCCUCUUUACAUCUACUCAUGUGUGAGAGAAACUAAACACAUAGUCAUAUACUGUAGGAUGACCUUAACCAAACUGGCAAAUUUCACGAUCCCUGAGGUAAAGGCUCGGACGCCAGGUGGCGUCAAACUUGGUGUAUAGUGUUUAUGUGUAAAAUAUCUAAAUUAUAUCUACAUAAAGUCUUUUUGAUGUUGUUGAUACUAAAGUGAAAGUAGAUUGAUAUUUAGAAGAGACAUUAUUUGUCGAAAUGCGCAUCUGGUGCAUCAAAAUUGGUACCGUAUACGUUUUAUAUCAUGUAACAUUUUGCCAAAAUUGUUAAUUUUAUUACUCCGGAGUUAGGAGUUAGGAGUUUUUGUUCCAGAAUGGGGGCGAUAAUCAUGAUAGUGAUUAUUUUAUUUAUGGUUCCCUGAUACUUUUACUGUAUAAAAGUAAAUCCAUUUUUAGGAUUAACAGGAUGAAUGUCCCAAAAUUGUAAUUUCAAAAUCCCAAAAUUCUGAAUUCAAGGCAGAUCCAAAAUAGUCAUAUAGUGUUAAUAUUACAUACAUGUUGUAUAUUAUGUGAAGUCAGUAUCAGUAUGGGCACAUUGUGGGGUAACAUUUGUUUGAAAAACAGGUGUUGUUGUGUAUUCCAGCUGAAUAUUAAGAUUUAGCUUAGAUAAGCAUUGAUUUCAAAGCCCAUGGAGCUACAUCGAAAUUCUUUUUUUUCUUAAUUUUCGUGUACAUGUAUCUGUUAUUGAUAAAAUUAAUACAUGUAUUUAAUAAUGUCGCCAAUCAUCACAUUGUUAAAUAUGAAUUGCAUGUUUCGAUAAUACUGAUAUACUUGAAAAUAAUGAUCUGUGUUUUUUAUUAUUUUUUAUUAUCCUCUGAUGAGUCUGAUGUUGAAUAUCACAUAAUAAUUAGCUGUUGUACGACUUUUAAUUACCUGUGAUGAGUUUGAUGUUGAAUAUCACAUAAUAAUUAGCUGUGGUAUGAGUUUUAAUUAUCCUGUGAUGAGUUUGAUGUUGAAUAUCACAUAAUAAUUAGCUGUAGUACGACUUUUAAUUAUACUGUGAUGAGUUUGAUGUUGAGUAUCACAUAAUAAUGAGCUAUGGAACGACUUUUGAUUAUUCUGUGGUAGAUUUGAUGUUGAAUAUCAUAUAUAAUAAAAAAGGAGAUAUG